CAGCAGCACCCAUGGGGGUGGAGGGGCUCUUUGUCAUUGAGAGGAAGCUUCAGUUUUUCCAUUGUGGAGUGAGACUGCAGCAGCAAAGUGCACUAGUGUAGAACACAAAGGAGACCAAGGCAGCAGCAGGAGCCCUGACUUUUUCCAUGAAGCACAGGAUUUGGAAGAGCAGCAGAGCCCUCUGUGAGCAAAGCCAAAUUCCCAGAGUUUGAAGGGAUGAGCAGGAGUGACACAAUCCAAACUCACCCAGUGCUGGGACCAGGAUGGUUUUAUGAGACACCAGGAUUCUGUCUUGAGCUUUUGGCAUCAACCACUUUGAUUUCAGCAGUUAGAGACUGAGACCUGGAGCAGGAUCCUCACUUUUAGGGCAGAUUUGUGCCUGUUGCACCUCCAGCAGCUCUCCAGACACCCAUGGGUUCAGUGACACCACACAGCAAACACUCAAGAGCAGUCCCUGACCUGCCAGGCUGAAUUCCCAGCCUCUGAAAUUGCUCAGGACCUAAGCUUCUCUGGUGUAUUUCCCUGUCUGACAAGCUCUUGUUUAAAAUCUGGAGAGUAAAGAAAGCUCUGAAGAAUCAAAAAUUGUGAAAAAUGGAGAGCCUGGUGGUGUUAUCUGCCCUGUUUGCUGCUGAGGAUCUCCACCAUGGGGUUCAGUUGUGGCUUUAAGCUGGAUCAGCGUUACCCAUUCCCUGCUUGUGUGGGCAGUGACUACAGCAGAGAGGGGCAGCAGCAGUCAGAAAUGAUCCAGGCAGCCCCUGAGCCUUUCCUCCAGGACUGCAAGGGAGAGGGAGAAAGGGAAAAGCUCCCCAAGCAUCAAGAGCUUUCCAGCCACAUGUGUGUAAAAAUCUGUUCCCGUGCCACGUGACCGAGGAAGAGGCACAGAUCCAUUACACAAUAAUAAAAAUAUGCCUUUGGCAACGUGGAGCCAAAGUGGAGCUGCUGCAGGGAGCUCAAACUACGCACGAGAAGAAGUAAAACAGGAAUAAAAAGGACCAAAGUCAGUCCUGCACAGCCCUCCCAGGACCUGCUGUGGCAGGGGUGGGGAUUGCUGUGGGGCUGGGGAUCUGCAGCAGAACAUCUGCCUGAAGCCCUGGGGGCUGCCAGCGCCUGUCAGGAUCUCACUGAGAAGGAGAUCAGGCUGGUGCACCAUGAUCUCUGCCGUGCUGCUCCUCUGGACCGUGCCCUGUGUGGCAAACCACAUCCUGGGCGGCUUUGCCAAGCGGGAGCUGCAGGAGGGUGCCCAGCUGGCCUGCAGCCUGCCCGGGCCCCCCGGACCCCCCGGGCCCCCCGGCCUGCCCGGGGCUCCCGGCACCGUGGGCAGGAUGGGCUUCCCAGGCAAGGAUGGCAAGGACGGCCAGGACGGGGACAAGGGCGAGCACGGCGACGAAGGUCCCCAGGGCAGAACAGGAAACCCCGGCAAGCCAGGCCCGAAGGGGAAAGCAGGAGCCAUUGGCAAGGCAGGGCCCCGGGGGCCCAAGGGUUUAAAGGGUAACCCCGGGAAAAACGGGGCCCCGGGGAAGAAAGGGCCCAAAGGGAGCAGGGGUGAGCCUGGGCUGCCGGGACCCUGCAGCUGCAGCACCAGCAAGGCCAAAUCUGCCUUCUCCGUGGCCGUGUCCAAGAGCUACCCCCGGGAGAGGCUGCCCAUCAAGUUUGACAGGAUCCUGAUGAACGAGGGGGGACAUUACAACGCUUCCAGCGGGAAGUUCAUCUGCAGCAUCCCAGGGAUUUACUACUUCACCUACGACAUCACUUUGGCCAACAAGCACUUGGCCAUUGGCCUGGUCCACAAUGGCCAGUACCGGAUCAAGACUUUUGAUGCCAACACCGGGAACCACGACGUGGCCUCUGGAUCCACCGUCCUGGCGCUGAAGGAGGAGGAUGAGGUGUGGCUGCAAAUCUUUUACUCAGAGCAAAAUGGGCUCUUUUAUGAUCCUUACUGGACAGACAGCUUAUUUACUGGAUUCUUGAUUUAUCCUGACCAAGAUUAUCUCAACGAAGUGUAGGAUGAGAAACUAUGGGGAAAAAUGGGAAACGGGCCUCAAUCCAGCAAAGUGUGGCCUUACGUGGGACAUGUCUGGGAUUAUCAGAUGAUUCCACAUUUGCCUAUGGGAUUAUCAGUUGAUUGCAGCCUGUAUGGGCUAUUCAGACUUUUCCUUGAUGCCAUCAAACCCACAGGGUACCAGGCUUUCAGCAGCCUCAUGAAUGUCUCCAUCCCAAAGCCACCCUUAUAUAUUCCAUGAUUAUUCCAACAUGCCAUGGACAUGUAACUCAAAUACUGGUGCAGAAUGCUUUGGUUAUUGCAUUGUUAUAAUAAAGCAUGGAAACCAA